UGACUGCACUGCAGGCGUUUAAGCGAGAAGGAAUAAAUCUCGCUGGCAAGUAUUCUCGCACUCCCCCCUCUCGCGCAGAAAAUGGCGUCGCGGCAGCAAUUGAUUGGCAGCAUCGCAGGAGCAGCAUCCCAACUCAAUCAAUUUCCACAGCCAACGUCACGAGUCACGACUUCUUUUGUUCUGUCGCUUUUCGGGCUUUGGCUGACUUUGGGCCCUGAGCACGAAAAAAUUGUAUUUCCGAUGUCAUCGCCGUGCUACGUGAGUGCUCCCUUCUUGAAACGAGCUAAAAGAUUAAGCUCACAGAAUGGAUCUGGACCCCUGGGCAGGCAAAUCAGAUCUUUUGCGGCGUCGGCCGUUCCUGCAAUUACACCGUGCCCUCCGUUCUGGACAAAGAACUCGACAGAAGCGUCCUCGCCUCCGGGGAAGACGUGCGCCCCACACGCGCUCCUGGCCAUUUCGAGCUUUUCCCAAAGAGACCCCCUGCAUCCUGCUGCUUCUUUCGAGUCUCGACCCCCCAGGAUUUCCUGGCCAUACAGAGAUGCGGAUUCAGCCCACCUGCUAACAGCUGGCAACGAGCACAAAAAAGCAGGUUGAGUUGUUUCCUCCGACCUACGGACCGUACAUACUACAUAGUAUGGGCAGAAUAACAAAAAUGGGCCUGGAAGAAGCGGCACAGAGUCUGCAUAGAGCCUGCACAAGUCCCCUCCGUAUCUGCAUUAAACCAUCGUUACACCGUUGAGGCAAUUCUCC